GCCCCGGAGCCCGCCGAGUGCGUGGAGUUCACCGCCGAGCCGGCCGCCAUGCGCGAGAUCGUGGUGGCCAUGACGGCGGUGGGCGGCUCCAUCUGCGUCAUGCUGGUGGUCAUCUGCCUGCUGGUGGCCUACAUCACCGAGAACCUCAUGCACCCCGCGCCGCGGCGCCCCGGCCUGCGCAGGCAGGCCUGAAGCGCACGCCCGGGCGCAGAGGGGCAGGGCCCGGCGCGCACCCUGGUUUUCCUCAUCCCGCCCCUUCCUGGAGGACCCGGCGGACCUGAUGGAGUUGCGUGGGGGGCCGGCUGGCCCGCGCGGGGACCUCGGCAAGAGUCCUGAGACCUAUCUGGCCAGGCCCCUGCCUCCCAGACUCGGGCUGCGCACUGGCCCUCGGGGCUGGGCUGGCGUGCCAGCCGAGUCCGGGCGCUCUCCGCUCUCCAGAUGCCUUUUAGGGGUGGCCAGGACCCGCAACUCCUUUCAGCGAGAGCCACUGGCACCUGAUCAUCUCCUUGAACUGUGCCUGUGCCAAGUUGUCAGAAGACGGACCAUGGUCAUCGCUUGGUCACUUUGUGCUUUGCAGGUUGGGGGAUGGACCCUUGGAGCCUGUCUUCCUCCCCGCCCUACCCAGUGGGCUUAGGUUAGCUUUGUGCCUUAGUACCUCCGGCCGCUGCAGGAGCCACCCACCACCCCUCUGGCAUCCGAGGGGCUCUGUGCCAAGAUGGGGCCUGUGCAUGAUCUGACCGAUCCCCCCAGGGCCCUCCCUCUUCCAGCUUUGUAGGAGCCAGGGGCAAGGGUCAGCAGGCCCGUGUGUCUUCCGUGGGGCGGACCAGCCAAGAGCCAUGACUUAUCCCGGCAGCCCGGCCCCAAAGUCCAGCUGCUGCGUCCAGCGCCUCCACCAACCCAGGAGCCUCAGUGGCCACAGCGUGACCGGCUGCACUAUCCCCACCCUCGCCCCCAACACUUGGGUUGGGAGCCCAAGAUCUGACCCCUGCCGUGCUGCUGCCCAGCCACCAUGGACAGAGGCUGACCCUGCCUGCUGCCUGGCAGGCCUGAGGCCUGGUGAUGUUGGACACUGGGAGCGGUGUGGCCCUGCCCAGCUCCCCAGGAGCCCUGGGCUACCACCUGGACUUCAUACUGGCACGUCCAGGUCCCUGUGGCUAAUACCCCACACCUCAAAGCCCUGAGCCCUGGCUCAUGCCCCUGAAGCACCCACACCCUACCUCUGUCUUCACUCUGCCCACUCCUCCUGAGGUGCUGGUCAGGUGCAGACCUGGCACCCAUGUCUAAAUGUCCAUCAUUCCCAGACCAGAAA